AUGGAUGACUUUGAACUGCUCCUCAGAAAUCGUAUAAUAGAAUCUGUCUUCAACAAGCGAAAUGCUGCUGGCGAAGGGCCACAAGAAUUCUACGCAGGUCACCUCAAGAUAUGGGAGUUCGACGACGCUGCACAAGCCAGGGACCUUGCACAACAGAAAAGCAAGCUCCGUUACAUCAUUUUUGCCAGGACGAGUAGUGGCGGACCUCUCAUUCACAAGGCUCGCUUGAAUCCUAACGACACAUUCUCCGUUGGCAAGACAUGGAACGUCUCAGACCUUAGCAGGCUAGCAUUUAACAGGCCCGACCAAUUGGAUGUUACUUUUGCAAGGACAUACACCUGGCACGUUGAAAACCUCGUUCAUCGCGAUCAAUUCGUAGCUCAGGCUCAGAUUUUACAUGAGGAAGCACUGAGACUGGACUCACGAUCUGCCUCACGUCCCCGCACGAAUGGAUCCCAACGAUCCGAGUCGCCUGUGCCUCAGCCCCAACCUCGACCACGCGUUCCUCCUGUUAACGGUCGACCCAGCUCUUCGGCAGGUUACUCAACUCGUCCUGGUUCGCCCUCGCGCAUUGGUGGGCCUCGACCGGCGUCCCCAGCAAUGUCUGCAUCCGGAGCCCUACCCAUGCGCAGACAAAGGUUGCCUUCCACCGCAACAAACGCGUCCGGACGGUCAUUUGAAUCAUCGUCACCGAGCCAGUAUCCGUCUAUAAAUGUCGCCCCAAUGAGUCCGGCACCGGCCUCUAUCAGCCGGGUGAAGGAACCAUCUCCGCUUCGUUCAAGACCAAUUCAGCCCCAAUCGCAGGCAGGUUCCCCCGCUACCUCCGCCUCCGUUCUUCCUUCUGAAUACGCACAAUCCACCUCGUCGCGAAUGCGCAGUGGUUCGGGUACACCGCGUGCGCCCUCUCCCGCGCCGUCUAAUUCCUCACGAAGAUCGCGGCGUGAUCGUGAUGCUACGGAACCGCCUGUUCCUCCGCGUGUGACGAAACUCGGUGUUUCUGCCGUUCCCAUGAGUACACAAUCCUCCUCACAAUCACAACCUGGUAAACGGGAUCCAAAAGCACGAAUAUCGUUUUUCGAUCCUGCAAACCAGGCGCUACUGGAUCGGCUCCUAUUCUCCGCGGAAGCAACACCUCCGUCUGACGACGUGUGGGAAGAGGAAGGCGACGCAGCUGCUGCGACUCUAGCGAAUAUUGAGGAAAUGCUGGAAGGCUACGAGUGGAUUGGCGAUGGUCUCCCCUCUCGGUCUCGAAAAGGUCCAGCCGAUGCAAUUGAAUCGAGUCUCCUGAAUGAACUCACGUUAUUAGAACGGGCAAAUAUACACUCCUUACUGGAAUCGGAUGAUGACCGAAUAGCAAAGGUUUUGAGUGGACUCGACGAAGCUAUUGCCGAGCUGGAUAGUAUGGAGAAAACAGUAUCGUCGUACAAGAUACACUUGAACGCUGUUAGCGACGAUAUCUUAUACAUCCAGUCCCAGAAUCGUGGGUUGCAGGUUCAAACUCAGAAUCAGCAACAGCUCCUACUUGAGCUUGAGAAGCUACUGCAAACUGUACACGUAGACAGAGAGACGUUACUCGCCCUGACUCAGGAGUCAUUGGAAAAGGACGACGGUAUAAAUAGACUAGAGCUCGCUGCUACCGAACUUUACAAAGCACUUCUGGCUGCUCACAUGGCCGCUACAAUGGAGCGACUAGAUGAAUACCGAACACACAACAGCCAGUUCUGUAAACGCAUUCUUGACUUCCUUACGAUCAUGUUUACUGCGCAGAGCAAUCUUUUGCUCGGGGAUACGAAUGGACUUAUUUCGUCGAGUGAAAUGGGACGCCUGGUCAUCGUCGGUCAUAAGCGAUUGGAAGAUUAUCUUGGUCGAUAUUGUGGACUUAUGUUGUAUAUGAAAGAAAUGGAUGAGGCGAGGUACUCUAAGAUUUGUGCCGCGUAUUUCUCUGCGGCCAGCGAUCUCCACUCGAAGCAGGUCAAAGCUUUAUUAGCGGCGUACAGCAAGUUCAUUCGACAGGCAUCAGAAGAAGAAGCGGAGCAAGGUGAGUUAUUAACUUGCCUUGCGGAAUCUAUCUCAGGCGGACUUCGUCGAGCAGGCACGGUGGUUCGCUCUCCUUUAGACGCCAAAAAGGAGAAGGGCAAGAAGUCGGGUGGUAGACUGACUUCCUUCGAAGUCCUUGAUACCGUUCUUGAACAGAUAGCACCGCAAAUUCACAACGAGAGGGUAUUCAUCGCGGAUUUCCUGCUCAUUAACGAUACUGCUAUCACAUUUGCGGACUAUAUCGGCCUUGAUCAUUAUUUCCGACGGCAAGCUGCGCUUUAUGUGGGGUUGAGCAGCACGACGAUGAAAUUAGUCCGUGGUGCUAUGGACCUUAUUUUCGGGUUCUUGCCGACGGAGCUUAAGUCGUUUAUUGAUGCUGCACUUGCAAAGGAUAAUAUGCAAAUUGUCGGUGUGCUUGCCUCAAUCGAGAGGGCAAUCGCCGAUGCAGAAGAACGAGGAAACCCGUUUUUCGCUAGCGUACUCGACAAACAGCAUCAACGUCUCCGGGUUAUUUUCGAUCGGCAUGUGGACGAACAAAUUAAAGGCGUUGAACAAACGAGGCUGGAUGCGAAGAAACGGCGUGGCGUGGCGCAUUUCAUUAAGUACUUCCCCGUGUACGUUUCACGUAUUGAGAGUCAGCUUGGUGGUGCAGAUGGGCUGGAGAUAAGGAGUAGUGUGGAUGCGGCGUAUGAUCGGAUUGUGCAGAGUAUGUUUGAUUCGUUGAAGCAGAUGGCGAAGUUGGAUGGAGAUGGGGAGGAUAAGGGACAGUUGAAUUAUCAUGUUAUACUCAUCGAAAAUAUGCAUCAUUUCAGUUCUGAGAUCGGGCAGCUUAACAUCAAUGCUGUUAAUGCGUUCAAGAGAAACGCGGAGUCUAUUUACGACGAAAAUUUGAACGCGUAUGUGAAGAUCGUGAUGCGUCGUUCGUUCGCCAAGAUUAUCGACUUCUUCGACGGAGUCGACCGCCUCCUAAAAACAACAGCCCCAACCGAAGUCUCCAAAAACUCCUCAUACAACCGCUCCGCCCUCAAACGCGUUGUCAAAGAAUACGACUCCAAAGACAUACGAAAGAACAUCGACGCGCUGUUCAAGCGUGUCGAGAAGCACUUCACAGACGCGGACGCGCCGGAGGGUAGUCCUGCUAGUACAGUCAUGACGGGGGUGUGGAAAGCGUGCGAGGACGAGCUUCUGCGGAUGACGGAUGUAUUUUUGAUGAGGAUUAAUCAGUGUUUUAAGGAGACGAAUGUGACGUUGGAGUAUUCGAGGGCGGAUGUGGAGGCUGCGUUUAAGAGACAUAGAGUUGGGUCGUGA